AGUGGCUUAAAGUUACCGUGCUAUCGAACUUAGAUCCCAACUAUCUCACGCAAUAUCUACAUUACAGCUCAGGGCAAAAUACGACUUAAAUGAUAGGGAUUAGAAAAUACAUAGACUACCGCGAUAGGAACUCAUUUCAGUGGGGAAAGAAAAGCUAAGUGUUACUCACGAAACAAAUUUCUUCUUUUUUCACAGCAAUUCUAUUGACAAUGAGUUACUUAGUUCGUUUUGCUGAUCGGAGGAGUUGACCGGAAGUUUUUUCUUAUCCGUAUUCAAGCAAGGUUCCCUUUAGCGAUCGGAAAAGAUAUUAUAACUUGCMAUAAAUUGGUAUUGUGAGCUGAGRAAGACGUUGGUGGAUCAGUGCUUUUGUUCGUGGUUGGUGCCAUUCUUGUGGAAAUCAAAGCAAUAAAUCUGAACGGCCUGAGGAGAUUAUAAAGAUGGAGUACACUCCAUGUGAAGAAGACGCUUUUGCAGCCAACUGGGUUGAAUUGUUGUACUUUGAAUUAUUAGCUUCUAUUUGCUCUUUUGUUUUGGCGGGAGUUUCUGGUACGCUAAUUUAUCUUGUUGUCAUCAAAAACCCACACAAGAAACUUCGCACUUCGUUGUCAGCAGUGGUCAUCACCAUGGCAACAGGUUCACUUCUGAUGGGGCUCAUUGCAGAGCCGCUAUUCAUGUACUUCACCAUAGCAACGCUCAAUGACGUCAUCAUUAACCCCCAAGCUCCUUUUCUAUUAUUUGCAAUAUUACUGUCCUUCACGUCGUCAAUGGCAACUUUAUUUUCCGUCGUUGGAAUCACUGUCAAUCGAUAUCUGUUCGUGACAGUACCUGGUUGGUUCAAACUCAACGUGUCAUUCAACCGAACUUUAAUAGCUACAUCUAUGGGUUGGAUYAUUGCAAUAAGCUAUCCAUUCCUUUAUUUCAAUACGGGGUUAAGACGGUAUUGUAUUUUACACUCUACUGCUGGCGUGCUCUUCACUACUUUUCCACUCAUUUUCACUUUUGCAUGGAUUUUUAACAAGCUUGAGGCCCUGAAGAACAGAGGYCAAGUACAGCUGAUAGUCCARGAAGCUUGCGUUAGUUACAAACAUUCAUGGCUUUUGGUGGCAUCUCUAGGGUGCUAUGUUCCAGCCUUAGUUAUGACAAUCAUUGCAGAACUUUGCUCAGAUUGUUCGUGUAUGUCAAAAGCCUGGUUGACACGAACUAGUUUUCUUAUCACACGACUUCAUUGCGCAAUAUGCCCUGUGGCUUACGCAAUAUACCUGAAUCAGUACCGAUCAGCUAUGAGAAAUAUGGUUUUCAAGAAGAUGGUCCAUGAAUCUGUCAUGAGUUCUAUUCGUCGAACYGAGAGAGAAAUAAAUUGCUUUGAAAUGAGUAAAACUAGUGGAAUACGGACUGCAAAACUCUGAAACAUUGUGCGCAUGAGCAGAUGUAUAUACUGUAAAAUCUAUGUAAAAAAACCGUUCAUUUUGUGCUUAGUUACACGAUUCCUUGAAYUUAACUGAUAAGCUAUGACAUAUCGACAUUUAAAGCCUAAAGAAUGACGCAUUAAAGGAUUUGAGUCGUUAAGACUUGAUUAAAUGUUAAAGUAUAUCUGAUAGCAUUUGUCAUGUGAGACAUUAGAAAUGAAAAGUUCCAAUAUUAUGAACUACGUUGGUCGUCAAGYCGGGUUUUMAUUCGCAAGACUGACCGCCGGUAUGCAAAUGGACCAAAACAUCGUGKYGUUGACAUCCUUYUAGACAAAAUAGUCACCUCCGAUAGCUGAUUUUUCUUUUAAUUAUUUUUAUUCUUUAUUGAUUAUUCUUUUUAUUUUUUCACGUUGAAAUUACUUUCUUGAAAAUAGUUAAGAUAACAAAAGGAACUCUUCGCUGAUUAUAUUARCUAUCAGCCAUUAUUGACAAAAACGCUAUUUCAAUCAAAAGGCAUCAAUGAGUGAAACUUUUCGCCGUUCAUAUUUAAUGAAAGAUUAUCGGAUAUAGCAAAAAAUUUGGUUAUUACUGUUAAGGAACCGAUUAAACUCACUUCAUAAAUCCAUAAUAAUUCCAUAAAUGAAGUUAGCUAAUAACUUCAGUCGUUCAUCCAACAAGGAGGCAAUACCCAGGCCCGUAGGCUGCCUUACAAAUGGGAAGGUUUGUUUUGUUCAUAAUACUGACCUAGAUAAGUUAGUUCUAUGCACAGGUAUAGUGUGUAAGAACUGGCUGCUAGUAUGAGCAGUUCAUAACAAAAUACUUAUUAAAUMCUAAAAAACUUUAAAAUAGAACAAUAAAAAAAGAGGAAAAGCGGCCCUUUUUAAGCUUG